AAGAAAAUGGAUUACCAACACCAGGGAUACCGGGCAACAAAACCCAGAGCCAGAGCAUCUCUACCUACUGGGGGACCGCUUCUUUUUGAUGACACCAGUUCUGGGCCUCCGCUCAUGAAUAACCAGAACUACUAUAGUUCAGGUUAUGACAUGGCUGCAGCACCAGCAGGAGGUCAAGAACCUGGAGUUAGCAACAUCUUUGGAGAUCCUAUGGCCAAUGCUGCCAUGAUGUAUGGCUCAUCCCUUGCCAAUCAAGGCAAGGAUAUUGUGAACAAAGAGAUUAGCCGAUUCAUGUCAGUGAACAAACUGAAGUAUUUCUUUGCAGUUGAUUCCAAAUAUGUUGUGAAGAAAUUGAUGAUUCUUAUGUUCCCAUACACACACCAGGACUGGGAGGUACGUUACCAUAGAGACACUCCUCUCACACCACGCCAUGAUGUCAAUGCUCCAGAUCUUUACAUACCAACAAUGGCUUUUAUCACCUAUAUUUUACUGGCUGGAAUGGCUUUAGGCAUUCAGAAACGAUUUAGUCCAGAGGUUCUGGGUUUGUGUGCCAGCACGGCUUUGGUUUGGAUCAUUAUUGAGGUUCUUGCCAUGCUGCUCAGUCUUUACUUGCUCACGGUGCACACAGACCUCUCAACAUUUGACCUUAUUGCCUACAGUGGAUACAAAUAUGUUGGGAUUAUUUUCACAUUGUUGUGUGGAUUGCUCUUUGGCAGUGAUGGCUACUUUGUUGCUCUUGCUUGGUCAUCUUGUGCCCUCAUGUUUUUUAUUGUUCGCUCUCUAAAAAUGAAGAUCCUGUCUUCAAUCUCAGCAGAUUCUGUGGGUGCAGGAGCCAGUGCCAAGCCCCGCCUUCGCAUGUACGUUACCGUGGCUUCUGCUGCCUUUCAGCCAAUCGUCAUUUACUGGCUCACCUCUCAUUUGGUUAGAUGACCUACACUGUAUUUAUACUUGGAGGAAAACAACUUUUAAAAUGCCAUGUAAUGCUGGAUCCGGGUGGCUGCAACUCUUGAAAUUUUGGCAUUGGUACAGAUAAAAGUGACUUAAUACACACAUGAGAUUGUGUUUGGCUUGGAGGAGUUGCUUGAUCUGUUUUAAACUCUUUAAUAUUGACUCUCGCUGCGUAGUCACCUGCAGAUCAAGUGUUGAAUAUAAUGAAAACUUUUUACAGGAUUUUUUUUUUUUUCUGCCGAAAUUCGAAAGUAACUGGUGGCUUGUUUGACUGCUUUUGUGUUUUCACCAUGCUGCUUUGGUGUCACAAAAAUACAGCCUUUUAAGAGGCAUGCUAAUUUAUCUGCUCUGUGAUGUGAUUCUUUUGUGAUGUAUAAUUGGUGAACACAUGAUCAACUCAAGUGUCCUUCUUUUCUGGUUAUCUGUGCAUGAACAGCCAUGCUUUUUUUAUAGCAAAAUAAAUUACACAAUUUAGAAUUUUAAGGUGUGUACUUGUGCUGUGCUGUAAUCAUUUCUUUAAAAAUACUUGAUUUUGACCUGAUACAUACAAAAAUAUAUUGUUGGAAAAGAUUUAAUGCAACAUAUACAGGGACAGUCCCCAUGGAGCAACCUGAGAUUAGAUACCUUGUUCAUGGCAAGGGCACAAUGGGCAUAGCUCCUGAACUGCUUCUUAGCAUUUGAACCUGCAAACAUUUUUUUUAGUACUCCUCACCACUCCAAACAACAAAGAUAGCUACAUAGAGAAAUAUAGUGUUAUAUGGCAAUGUAGAGUACAAAAUCCAUUUUAUCCAAGUCUAUUAUACUUAUUUGUAUGCUUUUGUGUGGGUAGAAUUGAGACCUUAUUCAUGCUAGUGCCAUCUUUGGCACAUUUUUAAUGGAAAUGACAAUUAGGGCUGUGAGGGAUAGAUUCAGUCUCUUCAGUGGACUGCGCUGCAGUUUAAAGAGUUUUUGGAUUGUUCCACGGACAAAACAUUCGGUAUACAAAGAACUCCUGAAAACAUGAGUUGUGGAAAUCAGAUGCGAUCUAGGCGGUUUAUACAACUUUAUACCAUUUCGUGCCAUUGAAGAGACUGAGUCUGUUCCUCACAGCCUUGUCAUUCCCAUUAAAAAUCAAAGAUAGCGUGAAUAAGGUGUAUACAGGCUUUUUUUUCACCCAAAAUUACUCCACGUUAAAUGUAUCCAAAGUAUUCAGAUUUGAAUAAAAUAUAUAUCAACAAUUUUAAAAUUUAUUCAAUUUUAUUUGUAAUUUCUGAGUUAAUUUUCCUUGAAAAAAUAAGUAGUUUUACACACACUCACCAAAAUAAAUAUAUCCAGAUUUUACCUGGGUCAUUUUUUGUUUUGGGGUGAAGUUACCUAUGCGUUCUAGGGUUAAUGGGAUGUUCAAAUGGGCCAGGACUAUUCAAAUUAUCACUGUCCAAAAAAAAAA